AACAUCUGACAGCCCUCGGGUCAAUUUUAAGCAGCAACUUCGAUUCAAAUCGCAACUUAACAAUUUUUUUUUGUGUUAUUAUAGUUAACGCAAAGACGCGCAACGCCGGAAGUUUACAGAAACAAAAUCGACGAUAUUUUUUUUUUAAAUACCAGUAUUAAGGCACAAUCAAACAAAUGAAAAACGAAAAUUAGUUUAUUUCUGUUUUUUUUUUGUAAACGUGAGUGUAUAGUGCGUUAUUAUUUUUUUUUAUAAAUUCGUAAAAAUGGCCACUUUACCAUUUAUGAAAAUGUUGCUGACCACUGUUAAUAUUCUUGCCAACGGGACCAUGAAAAUCACGACCCCGGAUAUGACUGAAGAAUUGAAUAGUGCCAUGCGAAGUUCUGAUGAAUUGCAAAAGAACUUUUCAAACCAUUUUGCCAAAAUGCCAAAUGAAACAACCGGAAAUGUGGUUACAACUAUACCGGAAUCUCUGUGCACGGCUUACAAGUUGGCUUACGGCGAAAAUGAAAUAAAAAUUAGUUUGGCCCCAAGAGGAUACUGUUUGCAUUGUUGCCAAAUAUACGUAAACGAACAUGUCCGCUUCUUUUUAUACAACAGGCAGUACAAUGGGAUACGUCUUCCGCCCCAAAAAGUUGGAGCCCUUAGACAAAUAGGGAUAAAUGACGACACUUAUACUGUAAUUUUCAUUCAUGGAUUUUCAGAAUCGUGGUCCGGACCGAGUGGGAGGUACAUCGUAAACGCCUACAUGAGUUUGGAGCAACCUGUGAAUGUUAUUUUGGUAGAUUGGUCUGAAAUUGCUACACUGCCCUGGUAUAACGAAGCGGUACAAAACACAAUGGUAGUUGCGAAAGUUUUGGCGAAGUUCCUGGAGUUUUACGAUAAAACCGGGGAAAUACCGAUUAGAAAUGUUCACCUCAUUGGUUUUAGUUUGGGAUCUCACAUUGCCGGUUGUGCUGCCAAAAGAUUGAAAAAGGGUUUAAGAAUUUCCAGGAUAACUGGAUUAGAUCCAGCUUUUCCCCUUUAUUCUUCAAAGAGUACAAAUCGACUAAAAAGGACUGAUGCAGAUUAUGUGGAUGUUAUACAUACAGAUGCGGGCAUUCUGGGAUUCCCCUAUCCCAUAGGGCAUGCAGAUUUUUACCCGAAUGGCGGCACCGCACUACAGCCGGGCUGUCGACCGGAAUUCAGAGACUUUUUUAAUUCGAAACUUGCAGAUCAAAUUGUGGCUUGUAGUCAUGUUAGAGCAUGGAGACUAUUUUCCGAAUCAAUUAAAAAUCCGCAAGCUUUCCCGGCAACAAAAUGUCAAAAAUGGCUUUCUGGAGAAGGGCAGUGUAACUUUACUGUCGAUGCUUUUAUGGGCUUCCCAUACCAACGAAGCAAUGCACCUAGAGGCCGAUAUUAUUUGGUGACGAAUGAAAAUCAACCCUUUUCGAGAAGUGCUAGACAACAGAGAAGUUUAAAUAUGAGAAGAAAAGAGAGCUAAUUGGUUCAGGAUUAAAGUGAUAUAGGUUUUUGUAUAUAUCGUUUGCUUUUUAUACGUUUUAUGUAUAAGAUUAGUUAUAUGACGUAUUUACUUGCCAAGAUUGCAAGCUCUGUGAAACCGGUGUCUAAAAGUUCAAAUUUCAGAAGAAUUAGACGUUAAUUUUUUUUAAUAUUUUUGUAUU